GUUUCGGUGAUCAAAACCCCUUGUGCGUGAUUUUUCCAAACCUAUCCGCUGAACAGAAACGGUUUUGUGACGCAUUAACAGCGCAUCGUGUUUCCUUUAUAAUAAAGAAAAGAAAAACAAAACGUGCGCGUGACCGAGAGACUGAGCGCAGCAUCAGCACCAAAGCGCAGCAUCCUCUGCGGUCAGUCAUCUUUCUGCGUCCUGCUUUAGUGAAAUCAUCUGAUUAGCAGAGAAUGAGUGAAGAGGAGAACCCUGCUGCUGAACCCGUACAGGUCCUGGACGUCCAGGGUGACGGACGCUGGAUGUCACAGCACAACCGCUUCGUGCAGGAGUGUAAGGAUGCAGAACCUGACGUGCUGUUUGUUGGGGACUCCAUGGUUCAGCUGAUGCAGCAAUAUGAGGUGUGGCGGGAGCUCUUUUCUCCACUCCACGCGCUCAAUUUCGGGAUCGGAGGAGACACGACGUGCAACGUUCUGUGGAGGCUGCAGAACAGAGAACUGGAGAACAUCAGGCCAAGGGUAGUGGUGCUGUGGGUAGGAACCAAUAAUCACGAGCACACAGCAGAGCAGGUUGCAGGGGGAAUUGUGACCAUCGUCCAGCUGCUCAUCUCGCGCCUCCCCAAGGCCAAGAUCGUUGUCCUGGGUCUGUUACCCAGGGGCGAGUUCCCGAACCCUCUGAGGGAGAAAAACGCCGCGGUAAACACUUUCCUGCGAUGCGCCCUGCCUCGUCUCGGACCCGUGCAGUUCCUGGAUGUGGGUGGUGGAUUUGUGCACUCUGACGGCACCAUCUCCUGCCGAGACAUGUUCGACUUCCUGCACCUGACGGCCGGUGGGUACAGCGCCAUCGCCACACCUCUGCACGAGCUGCUGCUCCAGCUGUUGGAGGAGACGCCACAGGAGAGGCGGGCCUCGCUCGUGUGAAGGGAGACGAUUGGACGGCAGCGAUGUUCACAGACGCAGGGUUCAGGAAUCCGUCUCGUUCUUUAAGUGGAACACGUACAUCAUUACAUAAUAUAUGGGGAAGUGUGUGUGUGUGUGAGAGAGAGAGAGAGAGAGAGAGAGUCAUAAAUGUGAAAAAAUGAGCGUUCUUUGUCUCAGAAAUGUGUUUUAAUCAUUUCUUUAUUUCUAAUGUGCUUUAAUUUAUUUAAGUAUUUCGAGUCGAUGGUAAAGUUCUCACAAAUAUAUAUUCACAACACUGAGCAUUGUGUGUGUGUGUGUGUGUGUGUGUUAGCCGCCUGAGCAAACUGGACAAUAAACAAUGGCCCCCUGUGCUGCUUUAAUGCUUUCAUGUAGCACUGAUACUGCCAGUGUCUUACACACAUUUCCAGAAGGAUCUAUUCAAUUUAUAAUGAAGAUGAAUGCUAUAUUUCAAAUCUCUCACACACACACACACACCAUACCUACAAAAAAACCAUCUCAUUUUUUGUUUAUCAUCUCGUGCUACAAGGCUAAUAUUGCUAACAAUUAGCGUACACCCAGCUCACUCAAACUCUUUUAUCGAAAAAAUUUAAAUCUUUAUGCACUCACUUUACAGAACAGCUUCAAGCGCUGCGAUUUCUAAAACUUGAGUUCAAAAAAUGAAAAGAGGAGAAUUAGUAAAGGUUCAGAGUGGAGGUAUGUCAGCAUCCAGUACCUUUUUGUUUAGAUUUUUGAUACUUUUGUGCAAAUUGCGCUGGCGCCAAAGUGAAAGAAGUGAUUCUGGUUGUCCAAGAUGGCCGCCUUGAUACUGUUACAGCAUUCAGCUACGCGGUCAAUUAUUUAAUCCAUGAGAGUAAGCGCCAUAGAGUGUGCUAAAUCCUGUCAGGAAGAGCUAGGGGCAGAAAUACACCCUAAAAUUGGGUAUUUUUUGAGAUCUACAUUUAUAAAAUACACACACACACGAUAUAAGCUAGUACUUGUUUGCUACAUUAGCCCUGUAGCUAAUCAUAGCUUGACCUCCAAAUUUUUUUGUUUUACAGAGUAGUGUAGCAUGAAGGAAUUUCUCCUGCUGUUUAAUGUCAUCAGGAAGUAUGUCCACGCUCUGUGUGAGUGAGAGAGAUACAUAUCAAUACAUACAGUUCUAUACAGAGACAGAAUCCAUCUAUCUUAAAAUAUUUUAAAAUUCAUAAGACUGGACGUGUGAAAUGUGCGUGAACUCUACCUGUAUAUACACCAUCAAUAAACACCUGCAUAGCUGUUUGUGUCUGUGAAAA